AUGGGUCGAGCAAGGAAGGCGACUGGAGAAGGGCUGGAGACAGGGGAGCUGACUCCAGGAGUUGAGGAGCUGGUCGAGCAAGGAGUAGAGCUAGGCGAAGGGCUCGACGCUGGAGAGCUCACAGGCGUAGAGGCGACUGGAGAAGGGCUCGAGGCUGGGCUCGCCCUCUGGAUACGUCUCUACGCCCGCAAGCUCCCCAGCCUCGACUCCUGCGUCAAGUGCUCCGGUCUCCAGCCCUACGCCAGUCAGCUACCCGGCCUCGAGUCCUUCGCCCAGCUCUACUCCUUGCUCGACCGACUCUACGAGCUCCCCAGCCUCGAGCCCUUCUCCAGUCGCCUCUACGCCUGUGAGCUCUCCAGCAUCGAGCCCUUCGCCAAGCUCUACUCCUUGCUCGACCGACUCUACGAGCUCGGUGUUACCAUGGGGUACCAGCCAUAUUGA